AUGCAAGUGGCGUGGUGCCAGUGCUGCUCCGAUGCUGACGCCGCUGUUGCGAUACAUAUCCCUGAUGUCGCUGCCUUUGUGUCCCUCGAGCGGAACUACAGCAAUGCGCCUGCUGCCCACGAGCCAUUGCAUUUUGCCACUGAUGGUGUGCCCAACGACAGUCUCGCUAUGCUGCAUUCUGGCUCUCCAGCUCCCCGCGCUCCAUACUGGUGCCGCUUCUGCGAUACAGCAUACCUCACAGACAGUGCUUGGCAAGAACACCUCUUAGAGCAUGGAGGCUUGUGCGCCUACCGUGCCAGCUUAUUGCAUGCGGCUGGAUCCUCCUGGCCUGCUCCGAUCCAGCCUCGCAUCCUCCGGCACAUCGUCGAGGGGUAUGCUGCCCGCUUCCACCAGACAGUCAGCACUCGAGAAUCUCUUUGUGCAUGCUGUGCGACAGGCAGCCGCACAGUUGACGUCGCAGACGUGGAUCUUCGCGAUCUGGCAGAUUUGUCCCAGUUGGAUGCCUUGUUCUCCGCACGUGCCUACUUGCUUCGCCUUCAGGCCAGCUAUCCUGUCGACAACACCAGUUUCGUUGGCAUUCCUUGGCCCGUGCUUCGCGCCGUCUGUGUGCCUGUGCCGCACAUGCAACAACAUGGUCCUAUUGCUGCUCCACGAGAUCCGGAUGACGGCUGGCUCCUGCACGUCCGUGGUACUUAUGUGUCGGAGUGGGCUCAUGCUGCCAACACCACGCACUUACCUCUCGUGUUGCCGCUUUGCGCCCAGUGCGUUGCUCAUCUUCAGCGUCACAAUCCAAGACUGCCACCCGCUGCCCUCGCCAAUGGCAACUUAGCACUUCCCAUACCUGGCGAACUUCAAGGCUUGACUCUUGCAGAUGAAUUGUUUCUAGCGCGCGGCUACACUGUGCACCGCCUCCAAACCAUGCCUGGCCCGACAGCUCCCACUGACCGGCAAAGUGCACUACGCGGGAAUACGAUCAGCUUCCCGCAGAACAGUGCCACAGUCUUUGAGUCCUUGCCUCGCUCCAUUGCCGCGGCUUCUGACGUGCUGACCGUGCUCUUCCCAGACGAAAGCUUGCAGAACCUCGCUGCCUGCCCGGAAUAUAUGGUUUCUCGGGCCCGCGUGCACCAGGCUUUGCUGUGGCUGGUGCGUCACAACCCUUUCUAUGCUGAUGUUCUGGUUGAUGCUGACGCCCUUGCAUCCCUCCCAGCCGAUGGUCCGUUGCCUGGCGUUGGUGUUCGUGCGGCCGCUGCCGAUGUUGGCCUUGCUGUUGGUCCCGCUGAUGCACAACAAGAAGGGCCCACUGUCGCAGGCAUGCCGUUGAACGCCGCAGUCUUGGACACUGAAGGCGAGGGGCUGCUACCCCGUGAUCUGCGGCAAGAAGCUUUGUCUCCUGGAUCUGAGCCUGAGCAUCCUGUUGUGGUACUACCCCAUGGAGCGACCCCGCUGAGCACCUUUGAUGUUGCCUACUGGACAUGGUGUUUUCCGCUGCUCUUCCCUUACGGGGACUGCCUGCCUGCUACUGCACGGCUGACUCCGUUUUCUUUGAAAGCAUGGUCCAAGCACCUGCUCCUGCGUCGCGACCGGCUCGGCUCUGAACGUCCUUGGGCAGAAGAUAUCCACUUUCUUGCAACCCUCUUCAGUGUGCUUCAUCGCAAAGACCUUCUCCAAGCUGUUCGUGCGAAGAUCUCUGCUCCAGGUUUUGCGCGCCAAGCCCAUGACUUUGGCCGCGUCACUACCACAGACUUUGACUUGCUGGCGCACGUCCUUGGAGAGACUGGCACCGUUCGCAAUGCAUUGCGCAACGCUGCAAUUCCCCCACAUUUGAAAGUCGUGCUGAAAAACAUGCAGUUGGUCGCUCGCUCCGUACCGUGCACUGACGCAUUUCGCGACGGCAUGCGUCACCAGGUUCGAGCAUUGCAGCUAUGGCACGGCCUGCCUGCUAUGUUUGUUACCCUCAACCCUGCCCACGUGAAACACCCUUUUACGCUGCAAUAUGCCCAUUCUGGUUGCUUGGUACCGCCGGAUGAGGUUGAUCCAGAUGGUGCUUUGCGAAGCGCAUUGGCAGCCGCUAAUCUGGCACAUAUUGUCGCAACCAAUCCCAUUGCAACAGCACAAGCCUUCCAUCAACACAUCGUGUUCUUCUUUGAGGAGCUGCUUGACAUUGCUGUUUCCCCAGAUGCAACCUUUCCAGACGGCCUUGCUACGCGCUUCGGUGGCGGUAUUUUUGGCCCUGUCAGCGCUGUGUAUGCCGUCACGGAGCCCCAGAUGAGAGGUAGCUUGCACUUGCACAUGCUCAUCCACCUGUAUGGGUUCCAUACCGCUGCUGCGCUCCUAGAUCGUUUCCGUGCCAGCCUUCCAUGCCUAGCUUCCCGUCUGCUCCGCUGGAGCGAAAGCGUCAUGCUGACAGCUUUGGAACCAUUGCCAUCGGUCUUGCAAGUGCCAGCUGCCAUGGACACUUUCCGUGGCCUGCAGCCGCUCCCAUUGCCAGACAAGCAGCGUACGUUGCUGCAGGAAUAUGUGGGCGCUACAUGGGAUUUUGACACCUUCUCCACGCAUUGGUGCCCUGCUGCCGAGGACCCGCUGCCAACUACGCCUCCAUGGCUUGACCUCUUCCAUGAUGCUGCUAACUCGUUGUCUUCCUUUCUGCCAUGGCCGCGCGCACAGUUGUACCUGCCGCCUCCUGCGCACACAGCAGAUGUUUGGACAAAGAUGCUCCUCUUUGACUUGCGACAUGCGGCAUUGCAUUCCUGCUUGCAUGAAUGUCGCCCAAAGACUUGCCACAAAGGUAAGUUGGGACGCCAUGGUUUUUGCAGGUUGGGCUUCUGGCAUUGGCGUGAUGUCAGUGCAUGGGUCGAAGCGGAUACCUGGCAACGAUGCCAUGGAAAGGAACUCCGCGCCCGCUGCUCCAUUGGCCACAGUCCAAACAAUGUGGGAGAGCUUCUUUCUGUGCGGCACCAUCCCUUUCAUACCCGGUUCAAUUGGUGUAUCCUUGCUUGUUGCCGCUGCAACCAUGAUGUUUCCCUUCUAGUUCGCGGUCCUGCCACCGACAUGGUCGCUGACACCAGCAUAGCCUCGCUCGCAAGCCAGAUGUCUGAAGCAACCAAGCGUGCAACCCAUUAUAUCACAACGUACAUGACCAAAACCCAACCGCACCUGACCAACUUAUGGCUUCUUCUUCGUCGCGGCUUGGAUGAGUUGCACACUGAACUCACGGAGCACAGCAAUCCCCUGGAGCCGCGGUAUGUCGCCUCUCGUUCCAUCAUGCGAAUGCUCACUGCCUCUGAACGACGUCGUCACAAAUCCAUGGCUGAAAUCUGUCACUACCUUCUCGAUCACCCAGAAGCAUACACAAAUGCCCGCUUUCGCAAGUUGUUCACCACGAACCUGGUCCAUCGCGCCCUGACCAACAUCCCGGUCCCGAGCUUGCAAGACAUGGAGCCCGAAAGCGCCUUCUGGUUUCGCCGCCCAGAUGCUGCCGAACCCAACGAUGACCUUGACCAUGCUGACGCCACCCCUGAGCAUGUCGAUCUCGUUCCUGGCCACCAAGAAACAGAUUAUCUCCUUCGCGGCGCUGCCUUAGCCGAUUGGCCGCUGUACUUCUAUGUUGCGGCCGUUGACCGCUGCGGUGGCUUGCGCCUCACCGACGAGUGCACGUGCGCACGCUGCAUUUGCAUCUCGUUGCCUGCUCCUGACAAAGACAUCGCGCUUUUCAGCCUUCUCAUGCUCCUGCUCCUGAAACCUUGGUCUUCCGCAGACAUGUCAGAUUUGUUGCUCGUGGAUGGUGUUCAACAUGAUUCGUGGGCUGCUGCCCUGCUUGCUUUCAGAACCCAGCUUUCUGAACUUGCGCCAGCCGCAGGUGUUCGCGCCGCGCCUUUCACGCGUGAGUAUUGGGCGCAACGCCAGUUUCCUAUCUUAGGCUCGUUGCACAUCUUGGAGCAUGCCGACGCCAUUCUUUGUCAUCCUCCUUUGAUUAACGAGCUAGCUGCCCCAGGGCAUGUGUUGCAGACAAGCGGUGACCUCACCUACAAUGGCCCUGCUUCCGACGAUGAAACUGCAACUGAUGACAGCUACGCGGCAGAUGAUCCUGACGAGCUACGUUUCCUUGACGUGGCACCCGAACGCUGCUUCCCGCUGCAAUGGGACAGCUUGGCAGCUGGUGCCAGGACCCAGCAGAUAUCAUGUGCUACCUCAUCUCAAGCCUCUUACGCGCUGUCCGUUGACCAGGCCUUGCUCCAUCUUCAAUCUCCAGACAACAGUGCACUUCCAAACUGCCCGCAGACUUCCCACUUGGCAGCGGCAUCCGUUACCCAGCUACGCCGUGAUGCACGGCAUUGGCUCCAGCUCGCUGACGUUGAUGGAACUGAUGACGGUGACUGCUUCCUUCCAGGCCCAUCACCAGCGCCAUGCCCCUCCAAUGCCUUGCCAUCGAUCGACGCCUUGGAUCUCGUUGAGCAACACAUCCUCCGCGGCCAUUGUGCCCAGCGUGACGGCGGGCUGAACUGCAAGCAAGCUAUGUUCCUCGUCACCUUUGCCCUCAACCUGCAAGUGCCUCGUCUCACCUGUGUGAACUAG